AUGGUUACGGGCCACGAGGCGAAUGCGAUGGCACAAGUCACACCAGUCAAGUCAAGAAGGCGCCGCGUGCGUGGCGGUGGCCGAGCAUCCCCAAAGGAAGCGUCGUCUGUCAGCUCCAACUCCAUCACACCCGAGAAGUUGGAAAGGCCAGCUGGAAGGAAGACGACCCAGAGCAAGACAUCUUCGAAGGCGAUGCGAAGCGCUACAACAGAUGCCACCGUUGCAUCUUCCUCAAAUGUGCCGCUACCUGUUGGCUGCGUCCAGGUAUUCCAAAACGAUUCAGAAUCGGUGCCUUCCUUGAGCCAGCGUCUGGAGGCGUUCCACGCACAGCGAACAAAGCAAGGGGAGGUGGCGGCUGCGUUGGCAAGCUGCGAUACCUCUUCGUCAUCCAGUGAGGAGGAUCUCAGCAGCGGCGAGUGCAAUCGCGUCUAUGCAGAGCUUCAUGUGCCGCGGCUUAGAAGUUCAGGCGGACCCGUGGCCGUGGUGAACCUGCGAGACAGGACCACUCUCACGAAAGUUCACGAGUUCAGUGGGGCAGACUGGGCUGGCCGAGAAGAUGUUUCUGAUGGUGUAGAUAAGAUGCAUUGCAAUAUUCCAAGGCUGGAGCAGAUGUGUGGGGAAAUCGAGGCUGGGCGCCACGCCAAGCCGAAGCGGAAAGCAGAGGCAUUGCCUGAGCAAUCGAACAAGCGCUCAAUGCUGGAUCAGGAGCACAGCAAUAUGGGGCAUGGGCCUCUUCAAUCUUCGGCACCAACACUUCCACCUGUUGAUAUCUCACAGGAUGUGCCGAUGCAUCUGCCGACGGAAGAAACUCAGGCACGGGCCCCGGACCCAACCAGGUCCACAACCAUGGACGUCAAUACCCGAUCCGAACAGGUGGACGUGCCUGAGACUGCGAGCGACCUGCUGGAUCAGGGCCCAUGCGAAGUCGAGCGAGAUGCGGAGGGCGGUCUGUGGUUCUUCCUGAUCGAUGCCGUUGAGGACGACCGAGCCAGCCCACCCCGAGUCUAUCUUUUCGGCAAGGUGAAGGUCCGCUCGGGCUCAGAGGCAUAUCGCAGCUGCUGCCUGGUGGUUGAGAAGCUGGAGCGUUGCUUUCAUUUGCUGCUCAAAGUCGAAGAUCCUUCGGACUACGAGUCAGCGAAGAUAGCUGCUAAUGCAGCUGCCGUUGAGCUUGAAACUCUGAGAAAGGAGAAGUUUCAAAAUCUGAAGGUGAUCCGCAGCAAACUAAAAUAUCGGAACUAUGCCUUUGAGAAGCCUCUUGGGCAGGCUUUGGGAAACCUACCUUUUCUGAAAGUUGUUUGCGAGGCGGCAGGCUCUGUGCCGCCAGUUGGCCUGGCAGGUGAUAACUUCACUCACAGCUUUGGCAUCCAGGCCAGUCUCCUUGAACGGCUUCUGCUGACCAGACGUCUGAUGGGUCCGUCGUGGUACCGACUUCAUCCGGAUUCAUUCAAGGAGGAGCCUGCAAGGCUUUCGCACUGUGCCACAGAGUUUCGCAUCACUCCGGCUUCAAUACAGGUGCCCAAGACGGAGACAGAGAAAGCACGAUGGAGCUCACACUUGCCAGCAUCAAGCCCUCCCUUGCGAGUCCUGAGCGUGAGCCUGCAGACGUUCCAGCAAACGGCCCAACUGUCGCAUGAAGUCCUUGCAAUCGGUUGCAGCUUGCAUCCAACCGUAAGUGCUGAUGCCUCUGCAAGCGAGUCCGACCUUCAGAAUUCGCGACGAACCUGGGCAGCGAUUCGGCGUUUGGAUGCCAAUCCAUUUCCGCGCGAUGCCGACAAGGCACUCGCCGCUGGUGGCUUCCAUACCUAUAACAAUGAGCUUGCACUGCUCAAUGCCUUCUUGCUGAAGGUACAGGAGUUUGACCCGGACGUGAUUGCAG